GGAUCACUUGACUGUAACACCUUCAUAAUCUGGAGGAGUAAUUCAACUCGCCGGUGUUUAGAAAUUUAAAGCAAACAAUGAAUAAUAAUUUGUACAAGUUUUUAGGUAGUUUUACAUGGUUUUAUCUCAGAUAUUAGAGUUGUAUGUGCAUUUUGAUAUAAUUCACUGUUCGUCAGUCAGCUCGGAGUUUUAGUUUCCUCUCACUGUGAAAUGAAUUAAACCGAUUCUGUAAACAGCAGCAGCAUGGACUUAUUUGAAAACGGCAGGGUUGUAAAAGUUUGUGCCCCAAUGGUCCGAUAUUCAAAGCUGGCCUUCAGGUCCUUGGUCCGGAAAUAUGACUGUGACCUGUGUUUCACUCCUAUGAUAGUAGCAGCUGAUUUCAUUCGCUCUGCUAAAGCCAGAGACAGUGAACUCACCAUGAACAACUCUGACCGACCUCUGAUCAUCCAGUUCGCAGCAAACGACGCUCAGACACUUGCAACUGCUGCCUGUUUGGUUGCUCCUUUCUCAGACGGCGUGGAUCUGAACUGCGGCUGUCCUCAGAGGUGGGCCAUGGCAGAGGGCUAUGGGGCAUGCUUAAUUAACAAACCACAAAUAGUAAAGGACAUGGUGAGACACGUCAGGAACCAAGUAGACAAUCCCAAUUACGCAGUGUCCAUUAAGAUAAGAAUUCAUAAGGAUGUGAGGAAGACUGUAGAUCUUUGUCAGAAGGUGGAAGCAGCAGGGGUGUCGUGGAUCACAGUUCAUGGGCGGACAGCUGAUGAGAGACAUCAACCUGUGCAUUACGAUGCCAUCAAGAUCAUUAAGGACAGCCUUCACAUCCCAGUCAUCGCCAAUGGUGAUAUUAAAAAUCCCAGAGAUGUAGAGUCUGUGUGUGAGCUUACAGGAGUGGAUGGUGUUCCUAAUAAAAUGACUUUGCAGUGGACUGCAGUGGCCUUGUUCCUCUAUAUUGAAAUCGGAAUUCUUCUCCUGCUCUCCCUGCCGUUCAUCUCGGCUCAAAGAUGGCAGAUCAUUUUUAAUCUGAACAUAUGGAACCGCAUUGGUUGGCUGUGGAAAAGAGGAUUUCUAGCAAUGAUUAUUAUCCUCAUUGUUCUCUUUCUGGAUGCUGUGAGGGAGGUGAGGAAAUACUCCGCAACUCAGAUCAGUAAAGACUCGAAGGUGUACCCGAACAUGUUUGACCAUGUGCAUAUGAAGUUGUUUAGAUCUCAGAGGAACCUGUACAUCUCCGGCUUCGCCCUCCUCCUGUGGCUACUUAUGCAACGAGUCAUCAUGCUGAUAAAUCAACUUGCAGCAGCUGCAAACACCAACUCGGCUCUAAGUAUCCAGAUAGAGGACGCUAAUCAGGCUGCCAAAAAAUAUAUGGAGGAAAUUGAACAACUCAAGCAGGCUUUGAAAGAUUACACUGGCGAUGAAAAGAGGGCACAGGGAAAUGUACAUCUCAGGAAUGAGGUGCGCCAACUCACACAGGACCUGAAGACAUCUACUGAAGCUCUGAACAAGUCCAAGUCAGAAGCAGAUGCCAUUAAAGAGCAAACAGAGGCCCUGGCCAAGGACUACGAUCAUUUACGUCAACACCAGAAGAAAUUGCAGAGUCAGACCGAGAUUGAAGAUAAGAAAGAUAUUUGAGACAGUGUCCGAUUGAGUCACUGUCCUGAAGCAGCGUGGUGUCCCAGGGUUAACCCCACAGCACUGGAUGCAGCUGAUACAACUUCCAGAGCUGCAGGGAUGCGCUUGGACAUGCCGUCAUGUUCACCAUAAUAAUAAUGCAAUGAACAUUUCACAAUCUUUAAAUGCUGUUUAAGAGUAGGGCUUUAUUCUGUAUCGAUAUUUUAUUUAAUCUUCAGUAGCAAUUUAUACACUUAAAUAUACAGUCCUGUGUAAAGUUUUUGGCACGUCAAGAAAUUCUGUAAAGCAAAGAUACCUUCAAAAAACAUUAAACUGAACACCCAUCCAUCAUCUGUAGCCGCUUAUUCCUGGACAGGGUCGCAGGCAAGCUGGAGCCUAUCCCAGCUGACUACGGGCGAAAGGCGGGGUACACCCUGGACAAGUCGCCAGGUCAUCGCAGGGCUGACACAGAGACCAACAACCAUUCACAUUCACACCUACGGUCAAUUUAGAGUCACCAGUUAACCUAACCUGCAUGUCUUUGGACUGUGGGGGAAACCGGAGCACCCGGAGGAAACCCACGCAGGAAUGGGGAGAACUUGCAUGAAACUGAACUUUUCUAUAUGAAAUAAAUAUUAUAGAGAGCAGUAAACAGUAAUGAAACAGUCAGUGUUUGGUGUGAAAGCACUUUGCUUUUUAGAAACAUGUCAGGUUUAAAGAGCUCAGCGUUUGAGUUUUACUGAGUAUCUUGGACAAUCACAGUUCCUCUGGAGACUACUGCACUUGCUUCUGUUUAUAUAAGAAAAUCUGACUGAGUUCAUGACCCUUUUUGUCUAUGAAGGAAUGCGUUUCUGUCAUAUGUUGCUUCCAUUACUGUUAUACAAACAUUUUUCUGUCACAGGGAUAGGCUCCAGCUCGCCUGCGACCCUGUAGGACAGGAUAAAGCGGUUAGAGAUAAUGAGAUGAGUUGUAAAAGUAAUGUUUGGAAAUCGUAAAUUUUGUACCGAUUCAAUAACACAGAAGUCAUAAAAUAAAUAUCCGUAACAAAAUUUAUACUUGAAAAAAUUACUGUGAGUAAAACAGGACUGUAUAUUUAAACAUCCUUAUAUUUACAAGUAAAAUAUAAGAGGUUAGUCGUUUUAUUUAGCUGAAAUGUAUAGUUUGCAUUGAUUUUUUUUCUAUCUUUAUUACUUCUGUAUAACUCUCAUGAACAGUCAAACCAAAAUGUUUACAUUUAUAAAAUGUUUUUAAAUUUGUACAUAAAAGCUGCUUUUUUUAACUUCAAAUAAAAAGAGUAAGCUGUAUGUGAGGGUAAAGAAGUGAUGUGAAAGAAUAAAAUAAUUUCUAGGUGAAUGUGAAGGUCAUUCCUCUAUUUUUGGUAUAUAUUUGUCUGUGACGUAUAGAUGAGUUUCUCCUGUCAGUAGGUAAAUUAACACUAUAUAAAUCCGACUUGCAAUAGUUUAGUUAAUUUUGUAAAUAAUUGUUUGAGGUAGUUGUGAUAAACCUGGUCUUUAAAGGCAUUACUGCAUCCACAUUUCGUGUUGAAAAUUAUUACUCAAUACUUAUAAAUGAAUAGAUGAAAAGAACACAAAUCAUGUCAUUAAAAAAAAUGUUAUGUGACAGAACAAACGGAACAUGUUCUGAAGUGUUGCUCCAUAAACUGGAUCAGUUUCCACUAAGAUUGAGAACUUGAGUGAAAGCACAACAUGCAAAGAUAGGAGAAACUCUAAUAAAAAUUCUUACCUGUCAGGAGGUAAAUUAACACUGCUUUCACACCAAACACUGACUUUUUGUUUAUUGUUUACUGCUCUGUAUAGUAUUUAUUUCACAUAGAAAUGUUCAAUUUAAUGUUUUUUUUUCAAGGUAUCUUUGCAUAAUGUGUUCACUUAUCACCAUCAUUUUGGGUUAAAACUUGCAUCAGUGUUUUAUCCAAAAUAUUCUUCUUGCACGUUCUGUUCUUGUACAGCACUGUAGCCUGAAUGACUGCCACUCAUUCAAGACAAAAUGCAGAAAAAUAUAUUUAGGUUUUUUUUUUUUUUUUAAAGCCAGAAUGUGGUUAUGUCACUUUUUUGGUGGUGAGGAUCAUUAAACUAUUGUGAAUUUUGUAUUUUCUUUAAAUAGCAGUCCCUUCAUGUGGGUUAUUUAUUUACACUCACCGGCCACUUUAUUAGGUACACCCAUCCACCUGCUGUUUGAUGCAGUUCUCUAAUCAGCCAAUCCCUUGACAGCAGCACAAUGCAUCAAAUCAUGUAGAUCCAAAUCAAGAGCUUCAGUUAAUGUUCACAAUGUUUAAACAUCAGAAUGGGAAAAAUUGUGAUCUCAAAGUGUGACUUUCACUGUGGCAUGGGUGUUGGUUUGAGCCAGAUGGACUGGUUUGAGUAUUUCAGAACCUGCUGAUCUCCUGGGGUUUUCACGCACAACGGUCUCUAGAGUUUAUACAGAAUGGUGUAUAAAACAAAAAACAUCAAGUGAGGGAGCAAUAGUUCUGUGGGUGGAAACAAAUGCAUUGUUGAUAAGAGAGGUCAGAGGAAAAUGGCCAGAUUGGUUCUAGCUUUGUUGCCAGGAAGGAUAUAGUAACUACCUGUAUAUCCUAUAUAGUAUUGCAACCGUGGUGAGCAGAAAAGCAUCUCGGCAUGCAACAGCAGAAGACCAGAUUGGGUUCCACUCCUGCAGCCAAGAAUUAGAAUCAACAAGAAGUUCCUAUAAAAGUGGCCAGUGAGUGUGUAUCUGUCUGUAUCAGGGGUGUCAAACCUGACUUCUGCCCUGGGACACAUCGUUUCUGUGAAACCCUGAAGAGCCGUAAACGAAGUGCGAUGUGUAUACAGUGGGGUCUAAAAGUCUGAGUGCACUGGUGAAAAUGUUUGUGUGGCAUUCUUUAAACCAAACAUUUUCAUUACAGUUGACAUUAUCAGCAACAACUUAAGUGAAAAGUAGAAUCUUUGAAAUAUUUGAGUUUCAGAGUUUCUUAGUAUUUGCUCCGCCCCUUUUUGCUUUAAUGACAGCGUGAACUCAAACUGCAUGACUCCACAAGUUUGUUUAAAACCUUACAGUCCAUUUUAGAUGAAAUCCAUCUGAGUGUCAUCUCAUCACACACUUCAGUAGGAUAGAUUAGACAUGAGGGAAAUCUGACCUUUUAUACAAAGCAGGGAGCUAGAAAUAGUGCAGAAUCUUGCAUAUUGAAAAGUCAAAUGUUGCACAUUUUUCACAAUUCUAAAACUUAAUUUUCUGUUUUUAAUAAAGUCCAAGAUUUUCAAUGUAGUCUCAGUCUCUAAGAAACCCACCGUAUAUACACUCAGGAUAGCUUGAGAGAGUGAUACUAUACCCACAUGUGGAGCUGAGAGGCGGCGAAGUAGCUGCUGGAGUUUUCCUUCUGAAAGGAAAGUAAAUUGGGAUAUAUAAUAUAAGGUGUAAAAUGUUUUCAUCUUCUUUAGUGGAAUUUACAUCAAGGCAUUUUAUGACAAUGU